AUGGACGACAAGCAACGCGCGACAGCAACAGCGAUUCCGCCGCUGCCUCCUCCUAUGGAUGACGCUAUGCAGAAUGUCAACAAUAACCUCGAUGACAAGCACGACACGCCCGUCCACGACAAGGUGACGGCACACGAGCAGAACGAUGCACGAUCCGAUGAGAAACAGCCAUCUGCAGCAAAAGCCUCAGCUGCAAGCAUGCAACUCCAAGACAUGGUCGACAAAGCUCUAAACUUCGUCUCGCAUGCAAGCAACGAAACUCUUGGGGCUUGCCUCGUUGGCCUGGCUGCUCUCACCUACACUCUCCUGGGGAGGAUAGGUCUGGUGUUGAUUGGUAUUGUUGGCGGUGUAGCACUGCAUGCCACAUGGGAGGCCUCUCACUCGUCAUCCGAUAGACUCGAUGCGAACGACGCCGAGCGGAAGAAGCGGAGAGAGGUUGGUCUGGAUGUUGUCCACCGCCUCGUGUUGUCGAGGGAGAAGGCAGGCAAGAGUGCAGACACAGACGACUCGGACGACGAGAUCAAGCCAUUGCCUUCCAACAAGGCCGACNNUUUUUCUUCUUUCCGCCCCGACACUCAGGCCGCUCUGAAUGUUUUUACCGAUGCCAUCAUCCGGGACUAUGUCAAUUGGUGGUACUCACCUGUCCUUCCUGGCGAGGACUCGUUCCCUUCCGCCUGUCGUCAGGUUCUCGUUGGCUUCAUCGUCUCUCUUUCCAACCACCUUUCUCGCAAGCGACCCGUCGAUACUUUCCUCGAUUUCCUAACAAAUUCAUCCUCGAUCGUCAUCGUCUUUCUCAACGAGCUCGCCGCUGCCUUGAACGCCUCGCCCAACGCUACCUGCGAAGAGGCCGUCCAUACCUAUCUCGAAAUGAAGCCCGACAGCAGUCUCGCCAGCAUCAUGGACUCGAAGCAUCAAGAGAAGAAACUCAAGGUUGUCGCAAACGACAUCUUGCUCAGAUACCUCGACAACAAGACAUACAUGUGUGCCCCGGCCCAAGUCUUUCUCAAGCAGAUCCUGGCAAAGCUGGUCUUGUCCAUGACUGUCGACAGCUGCUCCAAGCCAGAGUUCAUCAACCAGUGGAUUGUCUACGCCCUCGAAGAUGGAGAGCCCGAGCUGAUGGAGGUCAUCGAUGCUGGUGUCGAGGGUUCUGCCCUUGUCAACUCCCAGCCCUCCAAGAAGCAAGUCUCUGUGGGCGAACAGGCCGACAAGCCAGCAUCCAGUCCCGAGGCUGUCCGUGAACACAGACGCAAGGCCAGUCGUAACAGGGCUGAAGAGGCCAUGGACGAAGCUAUGAAAGAAGCGCAGAGGCUUAGCCUGCUGAUCGCUCAAGAGGAAGCAAAAAGGUCCACAACCGAACAGUCCGCCGUCGUCAGCAGCGGCGACGUGUCUGAAACCACUACACAAGGCAUCAUGACUCCCUCAUCAUCUCAGGGCGAUGCUGAUGAGCGCGUCAAGUCCGAUGCAUCAAAGUCGCCGACUUCCCAGUCCACAAGAGAGUCUGAAGAUUCGAAGAAGCCCUUUACCUCAUUCGACCAAAUCUUGCCUGCCACUAGUCCUACCGCCCUGUCUAGCCAGGAGGAUAAGCUUCGCCUCAAGCCACCACCAGUCUUGACGCUGCACAACGCCUCGAUCAACAUCUUUGAUGAUGCUUCUCCUGGAAACAAGACAGUAAUGCGAUCAAAGCCUAAUGUGGAUUACAUGAUUCAGAUUGAACCUACUUCUUCGAGCUUCCCUGGUUGGAUGAUCGUUCGCAAAUACACCGACUUCGAAACCUUGCAUGAGGUCCUUCGCCGCAUUUCCGUUAUCACCGGCACUCGCUUCACUGACACCCAUGCCAAUCUCCCUUCAUGGAAGAACAACACCAAGUCUUCGCUUCGAGAUGAACUCGAACGCUAUUUGACUGAUGCUGUUCGUCUGCAACCACUGGCCGAGAGUGAGGGCAUGAAGCGUUUCUUGGACAAAGACGGAGGUGCUUCUCGCUCGCCUGGAGGAAGCAAAGGUUUCGGAUGGCCAACACCUGUUGCCUUUGAUCAGAUGGGCAAGAGUAUGAUGGACACAUUGACCAAAGCUCCCACACAAGUCGCUGGAGGCGGCAAGGCAAUCUUCGGCGGUGUCACCAGCAUUCUUGGUGGCAAGCGUACUUCUGUUGCAUCAAACCACAACGCCAGCCGCUCGUCCAUCUCGUUGAACCCUGCCAAUUUCCUCGAGGAUAGCUACAUGGGCAUGAUCACCGAGCUGUACACUCUGUCUUCUGCAUGGAAUAUCCGCCGCACUCUGCUCAAUGCCGCAAAGUCCUUCCUUCUUCGACCUGGUAACCCUCAGCUCGAGGCUAUUCGUCAGAUGAUCCAGUCCAACGUCAUUGAAAGCUCGACGUCUGAUGCUUCCAUCGCUGCACACAUCCUCAAAAUCAGGGAAAACUCUCUUCCUACCGAAGAAGAGUUGAAAGCUUGGCCGAAAGAGAUGACAGCUGAGGACAAAGAGCAAUUGAGAAUCAAGGCCAGAGGUUUGCUCGUCGAGAGAGGUAUGCCUGCUGCUUUGACCAGUGUCAUGGGAGCUGCUGCAAGUGGAGAAGCUCUAGGAAGAGUAUUCGAUUGUCUGCAAGUCGAGGGUGUUGGGCGAGGUGUUGUGUUCGGUGUUCUUCUGCAAGCACUCAGGGCCAUUGUGCAGUAA